UCCUGGUUACUGGAUGAAGAUUCAUCACUUAGAGUACACAGAUGGAGGAAUCCUGGACCCAGAUGAUGUCUUGGCAGAUGUCGUUGAAGACAAAGAUAAGCUGAUUGCUGUGUUUGACGAACAAGAACCACUCCACAAGAUUGAGAGCCCUGGUGGAAACCCGGCAGGCCGGCAGAGCCCAGAUGCUUUUGAGAUGGAAGUGGCUGCCCAGCUGGCUGCGUUUAAACCAGUUGGUGGAGAAAUUGAAGUCACCCCUUCUGCGCUGAAAUUAGGCACUCCGCUGCUGGUGAGGAGAAGCAGUGACCCAGCGCCAAGCCCCCCUGCUGAUGCCCAGCCAAGCGCUUCACACCCCAGUGGCCAGAGUCUGAAACCUGUUAUGCCAAAUUCCACACAGGACUUAGAAGAUGGAGAAGUUAUGAAUGGUGCACAGACGGAAAUAUUGACGUCGCCGAAAACUAUGGAUGGCUUGAGUGAUAUGACAAGAACAGUGGAGCUAUCUGGGGAAGGAGGCCCCUUGGGAAUACACGUAGUGCCCUUCUUUUCAUCUCUGAGUGGAAGGAUUCUCGGGCUCUUCAUCCGUGGCAUCGAAGAAAACAGCAGGUCCAAGCGGGAGGGGCUGUUUCACGAAAAUGAAUGUAUUGUAAAAAUCAACAACGUGGACCUCGUAGACAAAACCUUUGCUCAGGCUCAAGAUGUCUUCCGUCAGGCGAUGAAAUCUCCGAGGGUGCUCCUGCAUGUGCUUCCACCUCAAAACCGUGAGCAGUAUGAAAAAUCUGUCAUUGGACCUCUUAACAUUUUUGGUAACAACGAUGGCGUUUUGAGAACAAAGGUGCCGCCUCCUGUCCAUGGAAAAUCGGGAAUAAAGACAGUAAAUCUCGCAGGAACAAGCGGUCCUGAGGAAGAUACAUCGACUUCCCUGCAACAAAGCAAGAGCCCCCCACUACCAAGACUAAGUAGAAAGCCCCCCUCUCCCUCACUCUCCCCUCUCAUGGGGUUCGGCAGCAAGAAAAAUGCAAAGAAAAUUAAGAUUGACCUAAAGAAAGGCCCUGAAGGACUUGGUUUCACUGUGGUUACCAGAGAUUCUUCCAUACACGGUCCUGGUCCCAUUUUUGUAAAAAACAUCUUACCAAAGGGCGCAGCAAUAAAAGAUGGCCGCCUGCAAUCCGGGGACAGAAUCUUAGAGGUGAAUGGCAGAGAUGUCACUGGACGGACUCAGGAAGAGCUCGUGGCCAUGCUGAGGAGCACCAAGCAGGGAGAGACUGCCUCGCUGGUCAUCGCCCGCCAAGAAGGAACUUUUCUGCCCCGAGAGCUGAAAGGAGAACCUGACUGCUGUGCACUCUCCCUGGAGACAACUGAGCAGCUCACCUUUGAGAUCCCCCUGAAUGAUUCUGGUUCUGCUGGUCUUGGGGUGAGCUUGAAGGGGAACAAAUCUCGAGAAACUGGAACAGACUUGGGAAUUUUCAUCAAGUCCAUCAUCCAUGGAGGUGCUGCUUUUAAGGAUGGCCGUCUGCGGAUGAAUGACCAGCUGAUUGCAGUUAAUGGGGAAUCUCUUUUGGGAAAGUCUAACCACGAAGCUAUGGAAACACUCCGGCGAUCAAUGUCCAUGGAAGGGAACAUACGAGGGAUGAUCCAGUUGGUGAUUCUGAGGAGGCCAGAGAGACCAGUGGAGGAGCAGGCAGAGUGCGGGGCACUUUCUAAGCCAUGCUUUGAGAACUGUCAAAACGCUACAACCACCUCCAGGAGAAAUGAUAACAGUGCACCGCAUCCACUGGGCACUUACAGUCCACAAGACAGACCCAAAGAGCUCUUGCUUCCCAAUGACAGAUGGGCCGAGAGCAAAGCACCACCCUCUCCCCCACCAAAUCCCGUUCUGGAAUUGGGCCUUGAAGAUUACAGCCACAGCUCUGGGGUGGACUCAGCAGUGUAUUUUCCAGAUCAGCACAUCAACUUUAGAUCUGUGACACCAGCCAGGCAGCCUGAAUCAAUGAAUCUGAAAGCCUCAAAGAGCAUGGACCUUGUGCCGGAUGAAAGCAAAGUCCAUUCAUUGGCUGGACACAAAUCGGAAUCUCCAAGCAAAGAUUUUGGUCCAACUCUGGGUUUGAAAAAGUCCAGCUCCUUGGAGAGCCUGCAGACUGCGGUGGCUGAGGUCAGGAAGAACGAGCUUCCCUUCCACAGGCCCCGACCGCACAUGGUCCGCGGCCGGGGCUGCAACGAGAGCUUCCGAGCAGCGAUUGACAAGUCCUACGAUGGACCCGAAGAAUUAGAGGCUGACGGUCUGUCUGAUAAGAGCUCUCACUCUGACCAAGGAGCUCUGAAUUGUGAAUCUGCCCCUCAGGGGAACGCUGAGCUGGAGAAUGUGGAAAAUAAAGCCAGGAAAGGCAAAAAAACGAAAGAGAAGGAGAAGAAGAAGGAAAAGGGCAAACUGAAAGGCAAGGAGAAGAAGCAGAAAGAGGGAAACGAAGACCCAGAAAGGAAAAUAAAGAGGAAGGGACUCGGUGCCAUGCUGAGAUUUGGAAAGAAGAAAGAUGACAAGGGUGGAAAGGCUGAGCAGAAAGGUCCUCUGAAGCAUGGUGGCCUGAGAGAAGAGGAACUGGAAAAAAUGAAAGAAGAACGCGAGAGGAUUGGAGCAAAACAUCAGGAGCUAAGGGAAAAGCAGGCAAGAGGCCUUAUUGAUUACGCUACUGGUGCAAUGGGAUCACUGCAUGAUAUGGACGAUGAUGAAAUGGACCCCAACUAUGCCAGAGUGAACCACUUCCGGGAACCAUGUGCAUCAGCAAACGCCUAUAGGUCUCCAUCUCCCCCUCGGCCUGGACCACUGGGCUACCCUCGAGAUGGCCGUCCACUGUCUCCAGAGAGAGACCACUUAGAGGGUCUUUAUGCCAAGGUCAAGAAGCCAUACCAUCCACCAGUGCCAGCUGACAGUGGCCGUCCCAUGAGCGGAAGCGCUGACCGCAUCCAAAAGUUGCGGAAGGAGUACUAUCAGGCUCGGAGGGAAGGUUUCACUUUAUAUGAAGACGAUGACGGAAGAGCAAGAGCUGAUUAUGACCUUCACUGGGUGUCUGGAAAGGGUCCAGAUGGAAACGCACAUAACCUCCGUUUUGAGGGGAUGGAGAGACAGUACGCCUCCUUACCCAGGGGAGGACCACCGGAUCCCAUAGACUAUCUGACAGCAGCACCUCGAGGCCUCUACAAGGAAAGGGAGCUUCCAUAUUACCCAGGGGCUCACCCUGUGCAUCCCCUCAAAGGGAGCUAUCCCCGCCCCCCAGACCUGAGGGUCACAGAUGUCCGGUAUCCCCAGUACUACCCGCCCCCGCCAGCCCCCCAGCACAAAGGACCCUUCCGACAAGAUGUUCCACCUUCCCCUCCUCAGCACCACAGAGUACCAGCCUACCAGGACGUGGGCAGACCAGGGCCCCGAGGGGGCAGCCCAGACCAGUACCCCUACCGGGCCCAGGAUCCCCGGCAGAAGAACCCCAUGACCGCAGCCGUGUAGCUAAAUGCCACCAAGCUCUGCCCAGCCCAGAAAGGAAGACAUCUAGCAUCACCUUAAGGCCUUCUUCCUAUUAAGAAUUCUCCAUGGUACAGAUUAGGUUUUUCUCACUGAAGUUGCAACACUCAGCUGCUAAUCAGAGAGAAAGAAAGGGACAGGAGUUUGGGGAGGGAAAUCAGAAGGAAGAGGAGGGAUGGGGCCAUAAAAACCAUACUGCCUGAUAUUUGAAAUAGUUUUAGAAUGGUUCAUCUUACUAAGAGUGGCAAUUGAACAGGCAAAUAUCUAUGGAGAUCUAGAACAGGGCACCUCCCCGGAGCACGCACACACACGCCCCGUAGGAUUGGCAGCCCAGGGCCAUCUCUGGCCAGGAUCAUCGUCCAUUUGGGGGCUAAGCUUCAGCCACCUUAUUGGAGUUGUUCAGUCUAGGAAGAGUGGCUGCAAAUAUGGGCACCCUAAAGGAGCAGUUUUUUCAUUGGGAAAGCAACAACAGCAGACAUGACGAGUGAUCUUGAAAUGUUUUAUACCCAGAGGAAGACUGCAUUUCUUUACUUGUAGACUUUCUCAGUUUCUUGGUACCACUCAUUUGGUAUAAGCAUUUCACGUUUUCUCACUUUUUAUAUGAAAGCAAGAUGUGAAUGCAGUCUUAGUGUCCUGGGAGAACGUGCAAAGCUAGUCAGAGCUUCCAGAAGAAAGAAAUGUCUUCCAUGGACCAAUGCAGCAGUCAGGUUAAGAGAACUGAAAUUCCCGUGGUCCUCACCUUCCUUCCUCCCUCGUCCCAGGCAUGAUAGCGUGGAGAGAUCUGGUUUCAGAGUCAUCCCCCAAUCUCCUGCCUGUAAUUAUUGUAAGCAGGGCCUCUACUUUAAGGCUCCCACUUGAGAGCUAAAAUGUACUCGGGGAAAAGAGGGUCCAGUGGUUAGGGUGCACAGGAAGCAGGGUUCUGGAGAUGCCAAUUCCAGACUCGGUGCCAAACAGGGCCGUUUGCACCUGGAGACGGGGAGGGGCUGACUGUGCUCUUUGGGAGUGAUAACCAGCAGGUAGUAGAUGGUAGUGACUGACUGUGUGUGUAUAUGGGUGUGCGUGUGCCUUCACAGGCGUGUGAUUGCCAGGAUAGAGAAUGGAAAAUAAAGAUGCUUUCUGGAAAGUCUGAUGAGGAAGGAAAUAAAAAGGAAAAAAAAAAACCCGGAAAACAGAAGGGAAGGGAAAAGGAGCGUAAAACUACGUCAUUCUAUAUCUGCUAUAUUUCAUUAACAAAAGUUAGGGCGGGACAAAGGCCAAGGUCUCCAGUUGAGAAAAGAAGGUCUUACGGCUUUGAGAAGCCGAAACUCCACCCUCCAAAACCCGUUACAAUUUCUUUAGAACUUUGCAACUAUUUUCUACUUAUUUCAACAGAACACCUAAAACCUACAACCUGACCCAAAGGAAAACACAAGAGAAGACUGAGAAACAGCAAAGCUUGGGAACAGCAACUUGAAUUGUUCAGUGGCUCUUGAAAUACUUUAAACCUUUUUAAUUCUUUCUUCCUUCCCUCUCUCCGACUCUGCCCAAAAAAAGUCUUGCGUUCAAUUUAAACAUAUUUUGGCCAAGACUAAUAUACCUGUGACUGUUAGAAUUUUUUAAAUUAUAGUAUUAUUGAAUAUAUAGAGUAUCUAUCCAGCCCAGUUUAGGUUUUUGGUUUUGGUUUUUUCUUCCCUAAUUUAAAAUAGAGUUCUGUUACCAAGAAUGAUGCAACUGCUGGUUUUAGACUUGGUGUUAUUCACUGAAUUUGAAGAGGUAUCAUUUUCUCAACUACUAUUUACUUAUGGCCCUCUUGAAAAUAGACUGUCAACUUGUUUUUUGCCCUCUAUCAUCUCCUUAAGCCAAGCACCUUUAGAUUCUUUGCAAUUUGUGCAAAGAGGUUGAGGAUUGGGCCCUGCUCACCUAGGGGUGGGGUGAGGGUGAGCUGUAGGGUUUCCCUGCCAACGUGUUGCAAGCUGCCUUCCCCGCAAGCUAAACAAACCAUUAAAAGAUAAUGAUGAGGAAAGUAUGAUGUGGUCUGAAGCAUCAAAAAUCAGCUCUUCAGAAUGCUCCAUAGUUUAACCAAAUUUCUGUAGACUAUUGGACGUAACCAAGCUAGAAGCUUCCUUCUGGAUUAAGGUCAAGAUCCCAUGAAGGCCAGUGAUGUAAGGUGAGAUUUUCUGUGUGUUGGAGUGGCCCUUGUAGGAAGAAUACAUUUUCACCAUGUUGCUACCUUGUAAGCAUAAUAUCGCCUGUACUCAGGCUCAGGGUGAGCUGCUCCGAGCAGGGUUUUGUGUUGUAUACCGACACAAUAAAACCGUUGCUAAUCCUGAGGGGCAGCCAAAGAGGUGAAGAUACUAGUAAAGUAGACCCCCCCAAAAAAAAAUUAUAGCAGUUUUCUUUUCUUGAUGUGUAACACAUGCCCCAUUUGACCCUGCCCGAAAGAAGCUAACAUUGUGUGUGACAGUCUUCACCAAGCCAAGUGACAAUUAAGAACAGCCUGAAUGUAAACUUCAUACAUGACUGUGUCCCACCCCUCCAGCUGUCACCACCAGAGGUAUGGAACUCCUUCCCAGAAUUUAGAACAGGUUGUUUAGAGUAUUUAGAAGACCCAGCUAUAAUCAGUAGGUGCCCAGUAGCAGGAAAUAGUUCCCUGUUUAUUUAAGGCCUUGGAAAAACUCUAUCAGGUGUCUCCUUGUAGCUCAGAAUGCUAAUAGCCCCCCAGAAAAGGUGGCACCCACAGUAAGCUAUAGACCCAACAAUGUACAUCCACUCAGCUCCUGAUCUAGCCACUGGGGUAUCCGGGCCCUGAAAUGAUGUGUUGGCCUCAAGCCACUAGAUGCUUUAAGGAGCUCUGUUUUUGUCCCUUUUUGCAGCAGUGGAAAGAUGAAAGGGAGCAGCAGACCACUGAAAAGUUUUAGAUGCAGGUGAAUUCAGUCCUCUGCAAGGGGAGAAACACAGCAUCUCACUGACCAUCUCUCUUGGGCUGUGGCAGUAUCACUCUUGGUAUAAUAUUGCUUCCCCACAACAUCACAUCACUGGAUGAAAGGCAAGCUCAGAGUCAGGAUUCUCUUUAAAUCAUGGUUGAGUAACAACAAAAAUUGGAGUGGGGGCCAGAAAUGACUGUGAAGCUCCUUAUUCUUAAGAUUUUUAGACCUAUAUGCAUUGACCCCACAGUACAGCACGGAGCAAAAAUCUUAUAAUCAAGAGCACAAAGGCAGCCACAUACCCACUGUCACCCCACGGAGGAAACUCUGUGCACACUGACUGAGACAGGUUUGAAACUUCACUUUAGCUUUCUUUUUGCCACCACUAACAAAAUUAAAACAUGAUUCUUUAUUCCUUCCAAAGAGUUUCUUGAGUUAAAUCUAUCUUCGGAAGGAAAUCCACCAGACAGUAUUCUGAGUUGCCAUGCACAGGGUUGGUACGCACACAGGUCAAGCCUUUAAGAGUGUUUAUUCCCUGACCUGUAACCACAGCAAUCUUUUUCUUGGGAGGAACAUCUUAGCGUUUCAGAGGGACAGAGAGAUCUGGAGAGUUUGGUGUGGAUAGGAAUGUGUGUCUGUCAAAUGCCCAUAGGCAUUAAACUCUGAACUCCACAAUGAACGGCCUUCAGAUCGUUGCUAAAUUGGGUAGACACCCUACUGCUUUCUGAGUCCAUAAGCAACAGAAAGUCUAGAUUUAGUGCAAUCAGGCAGGAGAGAGAUGGAUUCAGAAGCAGCCCACGAUAGUAUUUCUCUGUACUCCCAGCUCACACCGACUUAAGUGGAAAUGAUGCCCCAGUGAGACCAGAAAGAGGAGUCUCCAUAAGAUAUCCCUACAAAGUCACCUUUCUGAUAAAAAGGAGAAUGAAUAAGCCUAGAAUCUCAUAUGCAGCUCUGACUUCUAAGGGAAACUCUUUCUCCCUCAUGUCCUUAAAUAGCAACAGAAUCACACACAGCCUGACUUUUAAGGUGGGAUUAAGGACAAGCCCAGCGUGCAGAGUGAACUAACCCCCAAGACUGCCCUGACUCAGCUCUUCCAGACAGUGUUAUGUUCCAUCUCUGCCGCCUGCAGUGCUGUUUACUACUGGAACAUAAAAACAAAACCUGCUGUGGAUACAGUCACUUUUCCUAGUGUUUUCCUGUGCUUGUAUGAUACCAAGUGUGUUCAUAAGUUCUGAAGAUAAAUUAUGUGAAAUCCUAUUUUGGCAUAUGGGGAGGGGCAGAGAAUGAAUUCUUUACAGACUUUUUCAGAUGAUCCCAUUUGUACCACAGAAAACUUUUGGAUGUUGUUAUAUAGGAAUAUAUAAAUUUUUCUUGUUUAUUUUGCAUUAAAGUAAAGCUUUAUUCAGUCA